GUCAGCGUUGAAAACAGUGAGGAAAACACAAACACAAAUAAUCUGUGGAAAAAUACUAUUUUCCUCUCGAAACAAUUUACCAUAGAUGAAAAGUCUGAAUCAGGAAAGUCCAAAAAUAUAUUCUAAGUUUAAAUGAAAUAAAACGUUCCAACACGUACUGUUAAGACUGUGGAACAUUCAAAUUAUUUUCAUAUAUCGGUUUUUUUGGUGUUAGUUAGGAAAAUGUCUGACGAUUCGGGAUUUGAUCUUUGUGAAUGCAUACAGUCGCAUGAUGGUGCUAUGAGAAGAUUAUUAGGAAUACUGAGACAGACUCAGGAGUUUUGCAGCGAUAGCUCUUGUGUCGACGAUUUAUCACCAGUGCCACAAACGAAUCAGGACCCCAUGUCUGGUACUUAUAUGAUGACAUUUGUCGCCUUAUUGGCUGUUUUUGCUGCAAUUUUGUUUGGUGUGCCACGCUUUCGUUCUUCUGAUGGCAAGCCGCGCAACAAUUUCCAGGGGUCAAAUCGUGAACCACCAGCAAUCUCCUAA